AAAAACAUCACAUUUUCGUUCUCUCUGAUUUCGCUCAGUCAUACAGAAGUAGGACAAGAAUAAAUAAUUAGGAUUUCAAAACAACGUUCUCCCAACCCGCCCCUUUUCCUUGUGUAAUAUUAACUUGUAUACUGUUUUAAUGUAUAAGUGGAAGGACAGGGCAUUUGAAACAGCAAUAGCAGUAAAGAAAACUUUUAAGUGUAGUGGAAGAAUGUCUGUCAAAAUAUAUUUUCGAAAUCCCUCUCAUGUCUGUUCAAAGCUUCAUACAGCCAUAUAACAUUAAAAAAUUAAAGCUAUAUUUUUAAUAUUGAAAUAUAUCACCCUGUCAUUCUGCCUAAUCGCCCCUACUAGACAUUUACAAACUUUUAAGCACAUCCGAGUGUCUAACGCAGUUUUUGGGGGGUCAUAAACUAGUAGGAAAUGUUUCAUUACUCGAAAGCAGUGGUAACAGUUAUAACUCAUCCUGAACUUGCGUGCAAGUUCACUGCUGUGCGCCAACAUCAAAUAUUCCGUUUAAAUUGAAGUAACUUUUUUCACAACGUAAAAUUGAUAAUUUGAGCUGAGCAGUAUAUUGCGCAUUUGUAAAGCCGGUCACAAACAGACACAAUGGAUGUGCUCAGCGCUGUCCUUGAAAGGGACUUCUGUAGUGUAUUUACCUUGGUUAUUAAUUACUUUAAAAGCUCGAGUAAUUAGAGGAUAUGUUGGAUGCCAGUUUGCAUAAUGAUUCCAGUCUUCUCUACCUCCCAUUAAAAAUGUAGAAUCAGUAUAUGUAGGUAAGUAGAUAAAUGUAUAGGUAUUUAUACUCUAAUUAUGUCAUUACAUGGUACAGAAGAGAACAAUAUGGGCUCACAGAGAGCACUGAUGUUUCCAGUAAAACUCCAGGCAGCUCCUGUACACAGCAGCAAGUCUUCAACAACAAUAUCAAAUGGCUUCCAGUUUUGUGGAGUUGGAGGUGUAAGCCGGGAGAGCCAUUCUCUCAAGCUGCGCCGUUCAGCCCUGCCCAGGCUUCAGCACACGGUGCGGUACCGCGGGUCUGUCACUAGAUGGCCCCACAAGUUUUCCAGUUUGGGCUCGGCAAGCAGAUUAACAUCGGGAUGAACUGUAUUGUUGCCCUGUAUAAUAGAAAUAGACUUUCCAGAUUUCGUGGUGGAAACCACUCAGUUGAAAAGUCUCUCUCUCUUGCUAACUACAGAGGAAAGAGAGUCCCACAGAAAGCGAAUUAACACGCCAGUCCCAACUUUCAGGUACGGGUGCUUCAGAGUGAUCAUCAACAACGCUUUUUUAAAAUUUCUUUUGUAAGGAUCAGCCUUUCUAUGAUCCCAUGUAGAUAGAGCAGGAAGCAACUAAAGAAAAUAUAGGCUGGAAUUGCAACUGGUUAGGAGUCAAAUCAAGGGCAAAGUGAAAGUAUAUAGUAAUAACAUUGAAACAGGACUCGUGGUAGAGGUGAUAUCUUUUAUUAGACCAAAUAGAUUUUUGCAAAAAAACAAAAAACAAAAACCCCAAAACUUUAAUUGCAAGCUUUUGGGCACAGACACCCCUCUUGAGGCAUAGGAGAAAAGAUUUUAGAAGUUCUCAUGGGUAGAAAUGGAAGUUCAUAUUUCAUAGUAACAACAUUAGCUCUCAUGGGGCGUUUCACCCACACCUGGUCCUGUUCUAAUUUCCCUUACCAUUUUUUUAAGAAUAGUUGGAGAAAACUAAUGAAUCUCUCACUGCUUGAACCGGGUAAGACACCUAACGAAGUCAAACGCAAUGCAGAAGAGUUAGACUGCUGGAGGCAAAUGAGACUGAAACAACAGGAGAAGUUGUGCGAGUUCCCACCGAGGGAGCACAUCGAGGCGCUGUUGUUACCUGCAUUAGCAAUAACACUUUGCAGUUCGUCUCUGAGCCUCCGCAGCUGAGGGGGAAACAAAUGUUUACUCAGGAUUCCCAAGAACACUUGGCUGGACUAAUGAAAGGCUGCUGGAAAUGUUGGUUGAUUUAAUAAGUAUCACGUCAACUAAGUCGGGUUUUUUUUCCCAGUUCAGGAUUAAUAAACCUACUUGAAAUAUUUGUGAUGCCAUAAGUAAUAACUUACAAGAUAAAAUACGGGCUUUUUGGCUAUUGGCCUACGCAGCUAUUUAAACUUCCAGCAACGGAGCAAACAGCUCAGUCUAGCAAAAACUCACAUAGUUUCUCCGGUCUCUGUAACUUCCUUUACAUUUGCUCACUAAUACAAACCUUGAAAUAUACCUUAAAAACCUUAAAACAGUGCAGGCUGAAAGUUUUCAGACUGCACUGUUGUUUUUCUUAAAGGAAAAUUAAAAGGACUAAAAACACUUAUACAGUUAAUGAACCUAGUUUUCGAGGAAUAUAAAUAUCAAAUAACUCAUUUGUAGUCAGGUGCAUAUUUCUGAGCGGAAUGAUUAACUGCGUUGUGUACACCUUUUUUUUUUGUUACUUAAUAUCUACUUAGUAGAAGAUUAUUACAGUCUUUUAUAGCAUGUCAUUUCCCUUGCACAUGAAUGUAGCAACAUUCUCAAAUAUGUUCUACAUAAAAUUAAAUACCAGCACUAGCUGAAAGGUGCAAAAUAUAAAAUAACUCUAAUAAAGGUAAUUCAGAGUGCAGCUUGUGUCUGGCAUUUUCUUCCCCUCGCUGGGGAGUUUCCUCGCAGCCCAUUUCAUCUGUCAGAGAAAACGUUUUAUUCUUAUUUUUGUAUUAUUUUAAUUUGCUUUUCAGGUGGUGCAGAAGCAUUUCUGGAAGACCAGCCUGCUUGGGAUUCGGCUGGGAGUGGGCUGGAGAUUUGGGCUUGAGCUGCGGUUCUCAAGAAAGAAGUGGAGCGGAGAUACUAACCCAGUUAAAGUAUUUAGGAAAACAGAUGGGGGCGCCAAACGACAGCAAUAAAGGCGACCACAGAUUUCCGCUUCUCCUCCUCCAGCAGGGGACUCGGAGCUCCGUCUGGGCGAAGCCAGCGCUCAGCGCUACAGUAAAAGUGUGUGUGUGUGGGGGGGGUGUCAUACCCAUCAGUAACUCUUCCAGCGUGCAAAACAUCGCGUGUGUCUAAGGAGGACCUGUCCCUUCUCUCCGGGACGGUUGGGACAGCCCGGGUCAGCCCUGUAACACGGAUCAGCCCCGAGGGCUGUGAAUUCAGGUUCCUCAGUGUUUACAGUCACCUCCAGACAGCCCAAGCCCGGAGAGAGCGGCUCUGCUCCUCCGACGUGCUGCAUCUCCCAUGCAGGUAGUCGCUGUCUCUAUAGCUCCGUAUUAACAGCCCAGCCCAGGGACCAGGGAAGAGAACUGUUUUCAAUUAAAAAAAAAAAAUCGAAGUAGGUGGCAGUGCUGUCUCCCAGCACACGAGAAGAUACCGCUUUCUCAUCACCUCUCUUUGGGGUAAGAAAGGCAGAUCUGUUACUGUCUUUUACAAUUCUUUAUGGGGAAAAGCUCAUUUCAGAAACUGCCUGUGUGCUGUGCUGGCCGUAGGCAGGCUUUGCCCUCCCAAUUGCUCUUGGUAGAACCAGUGUGUGCCGGGUCUGUGUUGCACCCGCUGGGAAAGGCUGCUGGGGUAGGGGAAAGUUGCUAUUUACUUUCCUCUGGUUUGGGCUGCAGCACGCAGGACACCACCACACAGCAGCUAAAUUCACAUUUCAAAGGGCGGACAAAACCCGCAUGAGUCGAGCGGUGGAUUUUAUAAACCGCGCGCCUAGAAUGUUUCCUAAAUAUUUCGCGGGCUGUUUAGGGACUUUAACACGUUAUUUAAAAAAAAUCUGACGACUAUCCCAUUUUCGAGGUAUGAAUCAUGCGCAAAAGCGUAAGAAUUUGUGUGUGACUUCCCCAUGAGAAGGAACAGACUGUCUUUGAAAAAAAAAUCCGAUUUAAUCCCAGGGAGCACUGGAGUAUUGCUGUCGCCGAUCAAACUCAGACACUCCGGGUCUAAAACUGUAUUAUGUGGGUGAAAAAAACCCUCGCGGAGACGCAAGGUUGGGCAGCUAUUGAAGAAUACUCCAGAGAUGCUAACGACAAAGGAUUUAUCUUCGUUUAAAUGGUUGCCAUCAGCGUCAUUAUUACUUGCAAAGUUAUCACUGAGGGGAGACUUUCCAAUAGUCACGUCUCCUAAACUCGGUAGCCCGUGUCCCUUCCAGCACAAGAGAGACAUUUUACUCCAGAUCACCCCGGAAGACAACGGACAGAUGAGCUAAUUGAGCCACAGAGGCCAAACCCCAGAGCAAUUCAAGCAAGAUCUGAUCAAGCUAAGGACAAGAGCGUUACUCUUCACUUCUUGUCUUUCUUUCUUUCUACCUGGAUAUAUUUGUCUGCUCAGAAGCCGCCUUCAUUAUCCACUGACAGGAGCUUGUAUUUAUUUGCUUAUAAACCUGUUACAAUAAAUGAUUAUUCGAACAGCGUCAUUCCUACCUUAAUGACGAGCACUACUUUUUGAUGAAUGACAUUUCGGGCUAGAAAGGAUGUAUAGGUCAUUUUGACCAGUCAUUCCCUCGCUUUGGCAUCCCACAAUUUUUACGCCUCCCUCAAAAAGAGAUAAUAAUAUUUAGAGACACUUGCGGGGCUGAAUGUGAAUUAGCCCCUGCUGCAGCUGAUCAUUAGUACAGGACCAACCCUGCAACUUUGACAUUUUUUAUAAAGCUGAGAUGAUGGAAAGAAUAAGAAAAGAGAUGAUUCUGAUGGAAAGAGGGCUGCACAGUCCUACAGCUGGCAAAAGGCUCGCGAAUUUGUCAGACUCAGCUGGAAAUGCGGUGCUGGAGGCCCUUGAAAAUUCUCAACACAGUGGUCGCCUCAGCCCUAGACUAACUUCCGCCUCUCUGCAUAGCACUAUAGGGGACAUCCCUGCCAAAGGCAAAUUUGAAAUAGACACUUUAUUCAAUCUUCAGCAUCAGAACACAGAGAGCAGCGUCUCCUCCGAAAUCCCUUCGUCUGAGAGCAGGAAGAAAAUUAGCCAUUAUUCAGAAGUUGCUCAAGAGGCAGAUAUGAACAGUGAUGUGGAGGUGGGCUGUUCAGCUCUCCGCUCCCCAACCAGCCUGAGUUCCUCCCAGCUGAAGGAAAACAAUAACAAAGGCUAUUCAGAGAGCAGCUCGGCUCCCAGUACCACCACCGCCUCCUCCUCUUCCUCCUCCUCCUCCGGCUCCAGCAUAACCAACCUGCAUAGCAGCAACGCACUGGGCAGCUCAGGCUCGGGGGCCGACCAGGUGAGGAGGUACCGCACCGCCUUCACGCGGGAGCAGAUCGCGCGGCUGGAGAAGGAGUUCUACCGGGAGAACUAUGUGUCUCGGCCCCGGCGCUGCGAGCUGGCGGCUGCGCUCAACCUCCCCGAGACCACCAUCAAGGUGUGGUUCCAGAACCGGCGCAUGAAGGACAAGCGGCAGCGCCUGGCCAUGUCGUGGCCGCACCCUGCCGACCCCAGCUUCUACACCUACAUGAUGACCCACGCGGCGGCCACGGGCAGCCUGCCCUACCCCUUCCACUCGCACGUGCCGCUGCACUACUACCCGCACGUGGGCGUCACGGCGGCGGCGGCGGCGGCGGCGGCCUCGGGGGCGGCGGCGCCCUUCGCCACGUCCAUGCGGCCGCUCGACACGUUCCGCGCGCUGUCGCACCCCUACUCGCGGCCCGAGCUGCUCUGCAGCUUCCGCCACCCCGGCCUCUACCAGGCGCCCGCCGCCGCCGCCGCUGCCGCCGCCGGCCUCAACACCAGCGCGGCCGCCUCGGCGGCAGCGGCGGCGGCGGCGGCAGCGGCAGCCGCCGCCUCCUCGGCGCCGCCGGGCGGCUCGGCGCCCUGCUCCUGCCUCAGCUGCCACAGCAGCCAGACGGCGGCAGCGGCCGCGGCGGCCUCGGCGCUGGGCCCGCGCGGGGCCGCCUCCGACUUCCCGUGCAGCGCGGGCGCGCAGCGCGCCGACAGCGGCUUUUUGCCCUACUCGGCCGCCGUCCUCAGCAAGGCCGCCGUGCCUUCCCCCGACCAGCGAGACGAGGCGCCGCUCACCAGAUAACCGCGCGGCUCGGCGCAGCUCGGCUCUGCCGGCAGGGGGCGCCCGGGGGCGGGGGCAGCAGCCGGGCGCGACCAUCGCGUUUUUAAAGCGGGGGCGGGGGGACGGGACCACGCCCGGCUGUCACUAAAGUUGCUUCUAUUUUUGUACCACGGACCGGCCCCGGGCCCGAGGGCGCACGGCAGCGCGCGCCCCCCGGGCAAGACUUGAAUCUCUCCAGGCAGAGGGCACAGUCCUGGCAGCGUUCACCCCCCUGGCGCACACCGGAUGCCUUUCUCCCACGUGCGGAUAGGACGGCCACUGCAGGGACUCCCUUGAACUUGAAGAAAGGCGCCUCCGAAAGCAAGCCGCGGUGUGACUGCCGUGUCAAUUCUGAUGCUAAUAAUGUGCAGAUUAUGACGAAAAUUGCCAAUCAUGUUCUCUGAUGGACCUCCUUUGAAUGUGGAAUUGGAAAAAAGUUCCCCGCGCAGAGACCUGCUGUCAAGUACUAACAACCCGCUAAGGGAAGUCAUUAGAAGAGACAGAUAAGAGACUCGGUACAUAAAACAUGGUUCGGGGUGCGCAGGAUGUGUGUUAUUUAAUGUUCUCCCUGUUACCUGAAGUGAUUCCGCACAAGAAAGCCACGUUCUUAUCAUCUCAAUUGCCAAUUUUCAUUUUGGUAACUUGGACGCCCCGGGUAGACUUUUCUGUGUUAAGUUGAUAUUCCACCAUGUGAAGAGCCUCAUUAAAUCAAACCCAGAUAUUUCCAUAAUGCUCCCUACAGAGCCACUUCACUCUUCACAUAAUGAGAUUUUUCUGAAGAGUUGGAGCCCUCAUCUAACUUGCUAGUGCUUGUUUAGGCCCUGCGUGUGUGUGUCUGUGUGUCUGUGUGUGUGAACGUAUACACACACACACACACACGCACAUAUAUAUAUACACACACACACACACACACACACGCACACAUUCUCCCACAAAUUUCUCGAUGAUAUAUAUUUCAAAUAAGUGUCCUGAAAUACUAUUUUUAAGACACUGGAUUUUUUUUUCAUAUUCUAAUAAUGGACUUGCUGGAAAGGAUUUCAAAGGCGAUGCUGUUUUGUUCAGUGAACAUAAAUUGUAGAUUUUUGUCAAGUGGGAAAGAUUUCCUGGGGGAGGGUCGGGGCGGGGAGGGCAGGGGAGGAAAUAUCCCAAGACUCCUGGGGUGGAUUCUUGACAAGACCUGCUCAUUUAAUGGUAGAGAACUUUAAGCUAACAUAGGAAAUACCUAAACAAGACAUUUUUCGUUUUGUAAAGAAAAUAAAUAGCAAGACUACUUAUGUAAAGAAAAAGAAAUGUUGAUUAUACCAGCGGUUCUUCACUGAGUUUACAUUUAAAUUUUUUAUUAAUAUAUAAUUUAAGGCUAAAUAAAAUAGACCAAAACAUGGCACUCUUUUACCAGCUUUAUCUUUUCGAUUGUUGGUAUCAUUUGUUUGGAUCACACGUCUUGGAUGUAUAUACGACAAUUUUGGCAAUAAUGUUUACAUUUUUCCAAAAUAUAGAUAUAUAUAUAUGUCUAUCAAAUGGUCGAUAAGGACGCUGGUUGGUAAAAUUAACAUAAAUUCGUUUUAUGUUAGGUCCGUUGGACCUGGUUAUUAUAUGAAACUGUAAAUAAAGUCUUUGUGCUUUAAAUAUUGCUGGCUGUAUGAACUCACUGUAAAAUAUUUUACAAAUGUGCAAUAAUUAUAAAGCUUUGUAUAUUACGUUAUUUAUUGUGUUUGGUCAUGUAAAAUAAAUGUUAUUUAAAUCAAA